AUGAGUAACAUCGCCCCUGAUCAACCCAUUGAUGACUUUCUGAAGAAACAUCCGAAUAAACGCAUUGUAUUCAUAACGAGUGGUGGAACUCAAGUGCCCCUGGAAAAGAACACGGUUCGAUUCAUUGAUAACUUCUCUAUGGGAACCCGUGGAGCCUCCAGUGCAGAAUACUUCCUUCGAGCUGGAUACGCAGUCAUCUUCAUGCACCGGGAGGAGUCACUGAAGCCUUUCUCCCGCCACUUCCCCAACAUUUUCAACUCUUUGACUCUAGAUGAAUCAGACGAAACCGUCGUCUGCAAGAUACCAAAUAUUGCAAGCAUUUUAAAAGAAAAAGUAAAAUACGAAGAAGCGAUUUUGUAUAUACCGUUCAAAACAUUCGACCAAUAUAUGACACGACUCGAACAAAUAUGCAUUCAUCUGAAUCCACUGGGAUCACGAGCGAUGGUUUAUCUUGCUGCCGCGGUUUCGGACUUUGUAGUAACAGAACUACCGACGCACAAGAUUGCGAGCAACUCCGAACUUCAUCUUGCCCUUAGUGUUGCACCUAAAGUUAUUGAGAAAGUUGUCAACUGUUUCGUUCCAAAAGCAUUCAUUGUUUCGUUCAAGCUGGAGACGGAUGAAAGCAAGUUACUACCAAAAGCUAAAGCCGCGCUUUCCAAAUACGGUCACCAGCUUGUAAUCGCAAACAUGCUGUCAACACGGAAGCACAAAGUUACACUUGUUCGUAAAGACAGAGAAGAAGGAGAAGAAAUCAAUCUUCCUGUUGAUAAUACAAACGAAAUCGAAAUAGAGUCUAUUAUAAUCGAUCGUGUCGGCGCACUUCAUCAAGAAUUUUUGAAUACAAAUAAAUAA